AUGAAGAAACUGAAGUUGGAUUGGACUGAAGCGGCAGAACAAAGACUAAAUGGGUUCAAUGAUGUUGAUGAGUUUUUCCUAAAGGCUUAUAAAAGUUCGGCCAUUUAUAAAGAAAAGAUACAGAAGUAUCAUGACCACAGGAUUGGAAAAAGAGAACUUGUUGUUGGUGAUUUUGUUCUUCUAACCAACUCUACGAUACGUUUAUUUCUGCCCAAACUCAAGUCCAAGUGGACAGGGUCAUUCCUCAUCACUAAAGUGUUCCCAUUUGGAGAGGUAGACUUGGAGAAUAAGGAAGUCGCAAAGUUCACAGUCAACGGAUAUGAUGAGUUGAGAAUAAAAACCACUUUACAGGUAAUGAUGGCUCCCAAGAAGGAAGUUGUCUAUGCCAAGAGAGGCAAAACAAAGUUGGUUGCCCUGUCUCAUCGGAUGAUCGAAGAAGACUCUGAUAAUGAGUAG